AUGGCCAGUCCAAAAAAGAAACCAUUGAGAGCACUUAAAUCAAACGCUUCCUUAAAGGCUAAAAAUAAAAAAGAUCCUAACUCAAAUCAUGACUUUGAUAACGAUGACGUCAUAAUGGUGAUGAAAGAUGGUGAAGAGGGUAAUGAGGGCGGGGGUGUAAUCUACUGUCCACCGGAUGAUAGCCUACUACUGAACGAGGCAAUGUCGAAGGAUAAAUUGAAGAAGCUUGCUGAUGUUUUGUCUUCGAAAUUCGUGCCACUCUACAAAGAUGUGAAGAGGAGGAGGAAGUAUAGGGAGGGAAUGCUACGACAGAUGAAACUGAGAAGUGUCAUGAAUAUGAUCCAAGGGCUUUCAAGUUUCAACGUCAUAGUCGACAAAACAAAACUUAACAUAAAAGAACUCGAUUAUCGCCAACUCAACAAGUUACACAUGUAUAAAGACCAUUGUACAUUACACCAUUCUUCCGUCAUCUUCCCGCCACUCAAUUUUGUGACUACAUCGACAUUUCCGGAUUCGUCGUCACGUGAUCAAAUUAAAUCUCCGUGUAGUGGAGAAAAUUUAACAGCGCGCCAAAAACCAAAACAACAACAACAGCAAAGACAUCAAAAAACAAAGAAAUCAUUAAAAAGUAACAAAAGCGCUAGAUCAGUUAAAAGUGAUGAUAGUGGUGAUGAUAAAGAUGGUAAUGGUCGCGAUGAUGAUGAUGGUGGUGGUGGUGAUCCGGCUGUCUCACUUGGAAAUAUGAUCAGACGAUGCUUGCAAUACUUUGUUAGAUCUAUUACUCUUGCCCAUAGGUGCCACGAAUGGACACAGCUUCAAAACUCCAGCAUCCACCUCUACAACGUGGUGUCCUAUCUCACAGAUGCUGCUUCCGUUAAUGAAAAUGUAUCAGCCAAUAGGAUAUUAUGUCUGGUACACAGGCCCAUGUAUCAUGCGGCUGAUCUACUCCUGGACAUGAUCAAAAUACUUCUAAAAAACGAAAAUUGCUCAAGCCCUCUUUACCAUUGGCUAGACGCCUUGACGACGUGUAACAACAACGACGGCCAUUAUAAUAGGGAUGUGUCAAACGAUAGGGAUGUGCGAAGUAAAAGAGAUGGGCGAUAUAAAGCUGACGUGCAGAAAGAAAGGGACGGUCAAAAAGAGAGAGAUGUGCAAAAUAAUAUGGAUGUGCGAUCCCUACUCAACUAUCCGUUUGACGAUACGUCGGUAAUUAACGGUCGGUUUUUGGUGCAGUGCUGUAUGAUGGCCCUGCAAGUGAUGUGCCAGGUAGAGGCUUGGGAAGAACUUGUAGACCUCGCUCUGCGUUUCAACUUUUUUACCAACCAUCGCUACAGUGACGUCAUCGGCCCCCUAGCGGUGCACGCCCAGGCCCGACUAAUCAAAAGAAUCGAAAGUUUUGGGGGUGUCGGGUACUGCCAGCCGCAGUGGGAAGCGGUCAAAGUUCAAAUUGAAUACAGAUCAUUGCAGCUGUCAUCUGUUCCAAUUGACGUUGAAUGCACAAUUGAGGAAUUUUCACGUUACAUCAGCCAUCUCCUCCCUCAACCAAUCAAAUUCUUCAAUCAUGCCAGAAAACUCGCUUCAUCUUAUAUGUACAACCUCAUCAUUGAGGUAUUUGAAAAAGAUUCGGAAUGGUGUGACAGCGCGUUGUCAAGUUUAUUAUGGUUGGAAUGUGCUGACUGGAAUUUCCAUGCCAAAAAUAAGAAGAGAGCUCAAAAGAUUUGGUCAGAAUGUGUGGACAGAGCACUUGGCUUGAAAGAUGUCAUCAGUAAUUGGGAAGAAUGUUUGUUGAAAAGCAUUCGUAAUGUUGAUCAACAAUGUUCUGACAACAAUAACAACAGCAGCAGCAGCAACAACAGCAACUACGAUUAUGCCACGUUUGCAGACAACAAAGUAGACAACAGUAGCAACAACGAUAUAAACAUUUCAAACAACAACACAACUACCACUCCCAACAACAACAACAACAACUCAAUAUACUACAUAGAUCUUGAUGUAGGCACGUACAUUCUUGACAGAUGUGGUCCCUGGAGAUCUAUCAUUGCCGCUAGUGCUGUGACUAACCUAGCGAGGUAUAUAUAUCGCCAAGAUGCUGACAUGCAAGUUAGAUGCUGCCUGUUGGCUUGUCACCUCUACAAGGCUUUGCUGAGAGCCUCCCUACUAAACCCAAUAAAAGAUAUCGAUUAUGCGCUAUAUGAUUUGUGUCAAAAUGUAAACAACAAAAACAUCUACGUCAUUCCCGGAGCAUCCCUUUUCAGUGAUGGAUUUUUCUGUGAUCUGAGACGCAUGACGAGGAACGUCUCCUACCUUACGAGGACUUUAAACGCCUCGCAUCACUAUCGCCAGACCACGUUCAACAACGUCAUCAACAGAAUUCAACAACUCGUCAACAUGAAUUUCAUCCCGGAAGCAUUUCACUAUUUAGUGUCUUUGUUACUAGUGAAAUCGUAUAUUAAUCUCCCAUUUGACGGAAAUUGCGAUCCGGAUCCGGAAUUUGAAGGGAUGGGCUGUUUUGCAGAUGCAUGUGGGGGCGGUAAUGUUGGAACAGAAAGAAGUGAUUGUGAAAAUGAUAAUUUUAACGCGAAUUAUAAAAUCCAACGUAGCGGGAAUUUUGCCGGAAGUAAGGAUGCUCUAAAGAAUAUUACCAGAACAUCGAAUUCUUCCGUGACGUUUACAUUUGAUGGUAGCAAAUAUUUGACCGAUGACGUCAACGUCCAGUGCCUGCAACAUCUCAUGCAGUGCAAACAACUCCCGCCUUUGUUACUGUCGUCAGAUGAACAAACCAGGCUCAUGACUGGUGUGCUGGAUUUGUUGAAAUCUCAUUUGUUCCUGCAUCUGGCGUCGUACAUUCAAUAUGGAGUCCCCCAGCAACAAUUACGUCCCCAAUCAUCUUCCCAAUUUAAAAACUACAUCAAAGCCAAAUUCGGCCUCGCCCUCUUGUUCAUGAAAAAACAAGAAAGCCGAUUGGCUGCCCUCAUCUUGGUGCAGGUGAUGCUGAAGGUCAAGGAGAAAUUGAGAGCAUCUUGCUUGAGAACAACACGCAAGGCCAGUAAUGACAUCAACAACAAUUCGAAACAUGUUGAUGCUGAUGACGACGAUGACGUGGAAUAUUUAAAUGGUAGAUUCUGGCUGAAAAGUCUCACCUUAUUGGUCGACUGCCUGAUACAGGAAGGAUCCAAAAAUAGCGAAAAAAACUUCAAAGCCCCUUUCAAUAAAACCACCGAAGUAAAAACUAAAGCCGAUGACGUCACGAAUAGUGACAGCGACAACUACGGCAUGGAUAAUGUCAUUGUCUCUGACGAACAGACUAACAACAACAACAAAAACAACAACAACAAUAACAACAACAACACCACCAACAACUACAACAACUACACCAACAACUACAACAACUACAACACCAACAACAACAACAACGCAGACGCAAAUAUGUACAACAAAGCUCGCCUCAAAUGCUUAAAAGCCCUCCUGCUAUACAACUACAAACACCACCGGGCCAACAAAGCCAUGCUCGGUGAGGAGCCUCAUUACACGGAAACCUUAACUGAAACAACGAGUUCCUCAACCUUGCCGUGUUUUGUGGCCAUGGAUAUCGUAGGAGGCAUUAUUGAAAACAUCAACGACGACAACAACAAAAUGGAAGACGAUGACGUCAUCGUCAAUGACAGCAGCAACAACAACAACAACGACAACAACAACAACAACAACGACAACAACAACAACGACAACAACAACAACGAUUCUAGUACUGCUGCUAUUGUGACGCAAUUCAAACGGCAACUUCGCCGACAUCAAUCCAUGCUUACAUGGAAAAAUAUUUUUGGUGAUUUUGAUGAUGAAUACCACUCAACGCUGAUGCAUCUCUUCAACAGCAGACAUCUCAUCAACGUGACGUCAUCCAAUAACCCCGUCAAAAACUUCGACGACAACAACAACAAUAAUAAUAAUAAAAACAACAAAAAUUACAACAACAACAGUAAUAAUAAUAAUAACAACAACAGGACAAAUAUUCAAGAAAACAAAACAGUCACAAAUUACUUCACAUUCGAAGACAGGGAAUCAAUAUGUAAACAGCCAGCCAUACUAAAAACCGCAACGACAAUGAUGACAUCAAAAACGUCAACAAUGACGUCAUCAACAGCAGCUGCAGCAGCAACAGUAGCAGCAACAACAACAGCAGCUGCGAUUGCCUGGAAACCAACGAAACUACCGAUCGGUAGCAUGGUGUUUAGCGACGUCUGGAUGAGUAAGCUCUUAUCACUCAAUCAAUUUCUCGUCAGUCAAUCAAGCGUUUAUCAGGACAUCCAUAGAGCGAGUCUCAUUCCAACGAAACUUUUUCGUACAAUCCACCAGAACAAUAACAACAACAACAAAAACAACAACAACAAUAAUAAUAAUAAUAAACAGACUUGUUGCCAGGAACAAGUAAUAGUGGAUAGACUGACGAUGAUGUUGGGGAUUAGAAUGGAUGAGACCCUGAACAGCAUCAUACGGCAGUACAGACAGCAAAACAAUCUUAACGACGAUGACGAUGUUGAUAAUAAUAAUAAUAAUAAUAAUAAUAAUAAUAAUAAUAAUAAUAAUGGCCAAUCAAAUCCGUCAAAAACCAACAAAGAAAAUAUUUAUAAUGACAAUAAUUAUAACCACGAUCCUGUGAUGAAAAUAUUAACCGACGACGACGACGAGGCUACCGCUGCUGAUAACGAUCACGACGACGAUGAUGAUGUUGGCGAUAACUAUGAUGAUGAUCAUGAUGAUGGCGAGUAUUUGAUGUUUACUUGGUAUAGUCCUCCUUUCAUGAAUCUCGAUAACCAAGGUUUACCCCUCGUGUUUUUAUUUUUUACGUGA